CUUCCUUCGGCCCUACAAGACGUUGUGGGGACGGGGCUCGGCUGCCAGGAUGAAGGUUGAAUUCGCUCCUCGCCACCUCCCGCUGGACCGGAGGCUCCAAACGGCAUCGGUGCUUCAGUGGGUCUUCAGUUUCUUGUGCCUGGCUCAGUGCUGCAUUGUCCUCUUCAUCUUCCUCCUCUUCACCCGCUUCUGGCUGAUCAGCGCCCUCUAUGCUGCGUGGUGGGCUUUCGACUGGGACACCCCGAACAAAGGUGGGCGGAGAUUCCGCUGCGUCCGGAAUUUCAUCCUCUGGAGAUACAUGAAAGAUUAUUUCCCCAUCACGCUGGUGAAGACGGCGGAUUUGGAUCCAAGCAAGAACUACCUCUUUGGCUUUCAUCCCCAUGGCAUCAUGGUAGCUGGUGCCUUCAUUAACUUCUGCUCCGAAGCCACCGGCUUCUCCAAGCUCUUCCCAGGCCUCAAGCCUCACGUGAUGAUGCUGAAUUUGUGGUUUCGAGCCCCCUUUUUCCGGGAUUAUUUGAUGAGUGGAGGUUUAAUUCCCUCGGGCAAGGAAUCCGGCUCCUUCCUCUUGAGGAAGAAGGAAGGUGGGAAUAUCGUGGUCAUCGCUGUGGGUGGGGCGCAGGAAGCCCUGGACGCCCGCCCUGGAGCCUACACCCUCUUGCUAGAGAACCGGAAGGGCUUCGUUCGGCUGGCCAUAGAGAAUGGGACGCCGCUCGUUCCCGUCUUCUCCUUCGGAGAAAAUGAGCUGUUCGACCAGGUCGAAAACCCCAAAGGAUCGUGGCUGAGAUGGACGCAAGAGCAUUUGCAGAAGAUCAUGGGGAUCUCCCUACCCCUCUUCCACGCCAGAGGGAUCUUCCAAUACACCUUUGGGUUUAUCCCGUACCGGAAGCCAAUCUACACCGUGGUAGGGAAACCCCUUCCGGUGGUAAAGAAACACAAUCCCAGCCAAGAGGAAGUUGAUGAGCUCCAUAAGAGAUACCUGGAGGCUCUCUGCAAACUGUUUGAGGAGCAUAAAUUGAAUUACAACGUGCCAGAAGACAGGCAUCUCUCUUUCAUAUGAGACCCCCCCCCACCAAAGCCACGAACUUUGGCGACAAAGAACCGAAAACAUCGAAGCCGCAAGUGACAAGUGAAUCUGCUAUGGAAACCGGAAAUAUUCUUUUUAGGGCCAAUGGACAAAUCGUUGGAAAAAAAAAUAAAACCUCACAGAGAUUUUUAAUAUAUAUACCAAUCUGCUUACAGCAACAAAGCCAGCACUCCCCACCUCCCCACCAGUAUUUAUAGAGAGACGGCAGCUCCGACCACGCUUUGCUCGCACAAGCACCAGCCUGAAGAUGAUGAGUGAGACUCGUUGAAACGUCGCCUAGAUACUUUCAAUCUUACACGGGAAAAGAGCCGAAUACACCAAGACCUACAUAUAUAUAUAUAUACAACCAAGCCCCCCCACCCAAGCAGAACACAUCCCCAUCCAAUCAGAGCACAGCCAACCCCACCAUCCAAUCAGAGCACAGCCAAACCCCCAACCAAUCAGAACACACCUCCACCCAAUCAGAACACAGCCAAGCUCCCAACCAAUCAGUUCAAACCCCCACUAGCAGUUAAAAGGAAGAAACAGCUGCGAUCACACAUUGCUCCUAGAAGCACGAACAAACACCCACGAAAGCCUCAGAAUACACACACACACACACACACACACACA